AUGAAAACAAAUGUAUCUGAACUAUUUUAUGAUGCACGUUCUAACAAUACUUAUGUUAAAGUGUGCGCGCCAAUGGUUAGAUACAGUAAAAUACAGUUUAGAACUUUAGUAAAGAAUUUUGGCGUUGAUUUAUGUUUUACUCCGAUGAUAUUAGCUGAUUCGUUUUGCCAAAAUGCUAAAGCCAGGACUAAUGAAUUUAUGACGACAGUCAAUGACACACCUCUGAUAGUCCAAUUUGCCGCAAAUAAUGUUGAUGAUUUCUUAGAUGCUUCAACAUUGGUAUAUCCUUACGCAGAUGGUGUUGAUUUAAACUGUGGGUGUCCUCAGAGAUGGGCAAUGAAAGAUGGAUAUGGUUGUGCCUUGCUAUCCACUCCAGAAUUAAUUCAUGACUUACUAAGAAGUGUAAGGAAUAAGUUUCCAUCCACUUUUAGUGUAUCAGUUAAAAUAAGGAUCUUACAGGAGCUGAAAAAAACAAUAGUAAUGUGUCAGCAGCUAGAGAAAUGUGGUAUUGAUUUUAUGACUAUUCAUGGCAGAACACCUAUUCAAAAAAAUGGUGAAGACAUUGAUGAAGACACACUUAGAGAAGUGUGUGACAUAAUAAAUACACCCAUAAUUGCUAAUGGUGGUAUUAAGACUUUAGAUGAUGCAGAUCAUCUGUAUAAAUCAACAAAAUGUGAUGGAGUAAUGGCUGCUGGAGGAAUACUUAAUAAUCCUUCACUCUUUAGUGGCUCAAGUCGG